GCAGUAAUUGACAGCAGCGCAGCGAGCGAGGCAUUUCACGAUAGUCGCGCUCACACCGCGCUGAUAUACGCUCGUGUCGCGGUGUCGCUCCACCCGCUCUCGCCGACUGUGCCGUAACGUGUGCCGCGACCAGUCACCGCCGUCGCCGCUACAGCCACCGCCACCGCCACCACGCGACGGCCGGGAGCCCGCGCCGCCACCGCAACCAGUCCCGCGGCAUGUGCAGCUGACAGGACGCCCGCGUACUUCAUUCGAUCCCGAACCGGCGGUCGCUGUGCCUCAAACACUCCGCCGAACCGCGACACACACGCAGGAUGAUCCCGCGGCGCAAGCACAACGCGUCGUCGGGCUCGCUGCCGCCGCCCGACGACAAGCACGCCAGCAACGACUACAUCAUAUCAGACGGCGCGCCGCGGGAGGGAUGGCGGUCUGCAUUACGGCGACGCAUCAAUCGGAAGACUCUUCAUAAACGUAUACCCAUAACCGCAUGGCUGCCGCAGUAUAACACGGAAAAGGCAGUGGGCGACCUGAUCGCGGGGAUCACAGUGGGCCUGACGGUGAUCCCGCAGUCGCUGGCGUACUCCAACAUCGCGGGCCUGCCGCCACAGCACGGUCUGUACGGCUCGUUCUUGGGCUGCUUCAUCUACAUCGUGCUGGGCGGGUGCCGCGCGGUGCCCGCCGGCCCCACCGCCAUCGCCUCCCUGCUCACGUGGCAGAUAGCCGAGGGCGUCAUCGAGAAAGCCAUUCUACUCACCUUCCUGUCCGGACUGGUGAAGCUUCUGAUGGGAGUGCUCGGGCUCGGCUUCCUGAUCAACUUCGUGUCCGGCCCCGUGUCCUCCGGCUUCACGUCGGCGGUGGCGCUCAUGAUCGCCACCUCGCAGGUCAAGGACCUGUUCGCCAUCACCGUCACCGGCGCCACGUUCCUGCAGCAGUGGAUAUCUAUCUUCAGCAACAUACAUACCGCAUCGCUCUGGGAUCCCGUGCUCGGCUUCAUUUGCAUUAUACUUCUGUUGCUCAUGAGAAAAAUCGGUAUGAUAAAACUGGGCGCGGGCAAUGAGAACGGCCCCAGCACGCGGCAGAAAGUGUUGACCAAAGUGAUGUGGCUGCUGGGCACGUGCCGGAACGCGAUCGUGGUGGUGCUGAGCGGCGUGCUCGGCUUCUGGUUCGUCGCCGCGCACGGAGCCUCGCCCGUCCGCCUGAUGGGCGCGAUCCCGUCGGGGGUGCCGGUGCCGCGGCCGCCGCCGUUCAGCUACCAGCGCGCCGACAACACCACCGCCGACUUCCUCGAGAUGGUGUCGGAGCUGGGCUCGGGUAUCAUUGUGAUCCCGCUGAUUGUGCUGCUCGAGGACAUCUCUAUCUGCAAGGCGUUCUCUGACGGGCGCACCGUCGACGCCACGCAGGAGAUGAUCGCUCUCGGCAUCGCCAACAUCGGCAACUCGUUUAUGCAGGCGUACCCGGGCGGCGGCUCGCUGGCGCGCUCCGUGGUCGCCAACGGCUCCGGCGUGAAGACCACCUUCAACGGUCUAUACACGGGUUUGAUGGUGAUCAUGGCGCUCCAAUUCUUCACGCAGUACUUCGAGUAUAUCCCGAAAGCGGCGCUCGCUGCCGUCAUCAUCUCCGCCAUUCUAUUCAUGGUCGAGUACAACGUGUUGAAGCCCAUGUGGCGCGCUAAGAAACUGGACCUAAUACCGGGGAUCGGCACGUUUGUCCUGUGCCUGACGCUGCCGCUCGAGCUGGGCAUCCUCACCGGCGUCGUGGUCAAUAUCAUCUUCAUCCUGUACCACGCCGCGCGCCCCAAGUUCACGGUGGAGAUGCUGAAGACGGAGGCGGGCGUGGAGUACCUGAUGAUAACGCCGGACCGCUGCCUGAUGUUCCCGUCGGUGGACUACGUGCGGCGGCUGGUGACCAAGUGCGCGGCGAGCAGCUCGGUGCCCGUGGUGAUCGAGUGCACGCACAUCUACAGCGCCGACUACACCGCCGCCAAGAGCAUCGAGCAGCUCACCGCCGACUUCCACGCGCGCCGCCAGCCGCUCUACUUUUACAACGUCAAGCCGUCCGUGUGCUCCAUCUUCGAGGCGGUGGCCAAGCCGGAGCACUUCGUGGUGUUCUACGAGGACGACGAGCUGGACCGGCUGCUGGCCGCCGACGAGCGCCUGCAGCCGCGCAAGCAGCCGCCGCCCGCGGGCCACGCCUGAGCCUGAGCCCGCAUAUCCACCGCAUCCACCGCCCUCGCUGCGGCGCGCGCUCACUCUUGUGAUAUAUAUCCUACGGCUACCUUGCCACCAAAACAUAUUUUUUGAGAUUAGCUUGACAAAGGAGUGUGAUAUUUUUUGGAAAGGAGAGAUAUAAUUUUUGCAAAGAGACUAUUGAGUAAGAGAAACGAAUAAUUCCUUUAUUGAUAAAUUUACUAUGUGUAAAUAUUUCCAUGCCCUCGGGUGAUCUACGAAUUUAUCGGCGCUCGUACGCGUCGAUGUAAAACUGUCUUGUUACUUAGAUGUCUAUGGAGAUUCGAAUAUUUUAAUAGGAAUAUAGAGUGGAAGGUUUAUGGCUGUGCAGCUAUGUUCGGGGACGAGGAACCGCCUCGCCGCUCGCUGUCGGAGGCCGAUCGCUUUCAAAUACUUCAAUAAAACAUGAUAUUUUUAUAGCUUCCACAAAAGAUAUAUACGUUAUAUAUAUAUUUAUAAAAGACAUACGCGGGUAAAGUUCGCCUUCGUGGAUUCGAUGCGCCUCGUCGCCAGUGCUGUGAUGCAAUAUGAUAUAUAAUAUAUUUCUAUUACAGGGCAUUCAUAUUAUCACAAUGUACUGCCUGUUGUUUCAAGUUAGGCAAGCAAACACAUUAUCAGGUCGUGAUAGCAGUAGCUCGGUGGCUGCGGCUCUGGACAAUCAUUACUCCUUACUUACAAUUGGUCCGUUCUUUGCUCAUUCUCAUGCUAUGUUUCCUUAACGCAAACGUCUUCAUUGUUCGUUUUCACGAUCUAGUAUAAUCUUCGACAAAUUAAAUGAAAAUAAACAUUGUACAGUUUUCCAAUGAAUCAUAAAAGAGAAUAAUGAUUGUGUGGCGCCGGUCGAGCAUCGAUUUAUUUAUUUUUUAGAUAAAUAAAGUACAAGUUAGUUAGUUAGGUAACGUUAAAUAUAAUUUAUUGUAAGAUUGUAAAGCUUUAAGUGAUGUAAACAAGUGUGAAGAGUCCGUGAUGAGUCCCGUGGUCCCGUGGUCCCGUGGUCCCGUGGUCCCGUGGUCCCGUGGUCCCGUGGUCCCGUGGCCGCGGUGCACUGACGUCUACUCGCAUACAAACAUACGACAUGUCACCUGCCGUUACGAUAUCGACGCACAAAUUAUGCGCUGUACUAUGUUCAUUUCACAUUGUAAUUCACUAAUAUUUGGAGUUAUGUAAAUUAUUUCAUUAAAUGUAGAAAUCACUACUGUUGUAAUUAACUAGAAUAGAAUGUUACGGCAAUAAUGAAAUACGAGAAUAUCUUGUGAAUGUGUUCGUUAUUAUGAAUACGGUUUAAUUAUUUAUUACAUAACAAUAACAACAAACGGUAGAGUUGUGUAUUUGAACAUGAGCUAAAUGCGGUGAAUGUUACGAGUAUAUUGACAGGCUGCACUUGUUGCCGUGGACGUGGCGAGAUGGCCAUGUUGGAGCAUAACUUUAUUCUUAUGGUUAAACCAUAAGAAAAAGUUAAUUUAGUUGAAUUCUACAAGCGGAACUAGCGACGAUUCAUUCUUUGGCGCUGCCUGUGCACUGCGUGGCCAACACUCGCGCCAACAGUCCGCAGAGCAGCUCGGGAUACUGCAUCUGAAAUGAUAGUCCUUGUCACAUCGCAUAUAUAUAUAUUUAAUAUGUUCGCAUCAAAGUACUUAGUUUGUUAUAUUCUACGUUGAUUAGCUCGUCUAUUAGAAUUAUGUACGAAUGGUGCCAAUAGGUAAGUUAGGUAAGUUGAUGUUAGUUUGAUCACAGUAUUAUAUCGUCUGUGCGUUGAUCGUAAAUUCAUUCCAUGUCGUCUCCCUAUUGUAUGUAUGUAUGUAUUAAUCGUUAAUUGUGUAGGUAGCUAGAUACACGGUGGCCUAUUUAUACUUCUUUUACGUACAACGAUUACAGUCUGUUUCAUUUUCUGUAGUGUAUACAUAUGUGUUGUUACUCACUUAAAAUAAAUAUGGCUUUCUUAAUAAUUUACAUUAAUCUUAGCAUAAUUAGCAAGCGACAUGGACGUGGGAACAAAUCCUGUAAAUUAGAAAAAAAUAUCAAAAUCUAUCUUUAAUUACUGUACAUUACACAUUCCUACUGUUCCGUAUUUUUUUUUUAUUUAUGCCUUUUAGCGUGUAUGUAAGUGUGAGUGUGUGUGUUUGAAUGUGUGUGUAUAUUCUGUGAAGUACUACAACAGUUUCUUAUAUAAAAUUUAACAGAUAUUUGAUGUGGUCCCCAUUGUUAUGUCUAAUAUUUUUUUUUAUAUAUGUUGAUACAUAAUAGUUUCAUUCGAUGCUUGGUGAUAGCGCAUGAUAGUGUAGCUUUAACAUUGAAUGUAAACUUAUUUAUAUAUUUUAUAAAUACUAAUGUUGAUCAUAUUGAUCAAUAAGUGUGCGCGUGGUGCGGCGUGUGCAAGCGUGUGCAAGCGUGUGCAGCUGUGUAUCUCUGUUCAUCCGCGCCGCUGCCGCACCGUGCUGCACCGUGCUGCACCGCUGUGCGUUGCAUUCACUCUGCGAGUACAACCACGCAACUGCAGUGUCGGCGUGACUCAUCGCGGCCCCUCUCACUUCUACACACUUUAGACUUAUCCACUGUUUUUGUGAUCCUUGACUAAUUAAUACUUAGUGUAAUAAUGUUAGAUGAAAUUGAAUAUAUUUUGAAAGUUUAAAAUGAAAUUAACAAUGUUCGAGAUAAUAAUAUCUAUUGUAAGGAUAUAAUAAAUAUGCGCGAAGAAUGUACCUACUCACAGUUCCAAGAACAAAUUAAACUCUUUGAGAGUAUAA